UUAGUGGGUGACCGCUCGCAGAUAAGAGUUAGCUCCACGCUGCCCGAGCUCACAGUGCAAGUGUGACAGCACGGGACCUGCCAGCGCCCGCUCCGGCUCACACUGAGACACGUUUUUGCAGACCCCAGUGACUGCCGGACGCCUCCAUCCUGCCCCAGUGUCUCCGUUACUGUUUGUAUGACUGCUAGGAUGGAGACUACUUUCUACGACGAUGCCCUGAGUACUGCUUUCCCCCAGCCCGAGGCUGCUGGGUAUGGAUACAAUCCCAAGGUGCUGAAGCAGAGCAUGACCCUGAACCUGUCAGACCCCUCCAGUGCCAUCAAACCUCACCUGAGGAACAAAGCUGCUGACCUCCUGACCUCUCCGGAUGUUGGACUCCUCAAACUAGCCUCCCCCGAGCUGGAGAGGCUCAUUAUCCAGUCCAGCAAUGGGAUGAUCACCACCACCCCUACCCCGACCCAGUUCCUCUGCCCCAAGAAUGUUACAGACGAGCAGGAGGGCUUUGCGGAGGGGUUCGUGAGGGCACUGGCGGAGCUGCAUAACCAGAACACCCUGCCAAAUGUCCCCUCGGCUCCCCAGCCCCCUGCCAGCACCGGACUGACACCUGUUUCCUCUAUAGCUGGUAGCACUGGAUUCAGCAGCACGUUGCACAAUGAGCCCCCUGUUUACGCCAAUCUGAACAAUUUUAACCCCACUACGAUCACCGCCACUCCUGCCUUCAGCAGCAACAACAUGGGCUUUGCAUCGCCCCACCACACCAGCCCCCCAAUCCCGGUCCAGCACCCCAGGCUGCAAGCUCUGAAAGAAGAGCCUCAGACUGUCCCCGAAAUGCCCGGGGAGACCCCACCACUCUCUCCCAUCGACAUGGAGUCCCAAGAGAGGAUAAAAGCCGAGAGGAAGCGAAUGAGGAACAGGAUCGCAGCCUCCAAGUGCAGGAAAAGGAAGCUGGAACGCAUCGCCCGCUUGGAAGACAAAGUUAAGAACUUAAAGUCCCAGAACUCUGAGCUGGCAUCCACGGCCAACAUGCUCCGGGAACAGGUAGCCCAGCUGAAGCAGAAAGUCAUGAACCACGUGAAUAGCGGGUGUCAGCUCAUGCUAACGCAGCAGUUGCAAACAUUCUGAGCAGACUGGCUCGGGGGAAGAAACGAACGAACAAGAACAAAAAGAAGCAAGGAAGAGCGUACGGAGGAAACGUGAAACCAUUUCAGGUUGAAACUCCAGGUUGGAAAAAACUAAACACAAAAAAAAACCCAGGCAUCCGCGAUCUGACUGUUGAGCACGCGUGCACGAUGGAGCUUGCCAAGCCUUCCGUGUUGGAGCAAGUGUGUGGUAGGGCGGCCUGCGGUGUCGAGAACAUGGUCUGAGACGUCAGAUCAGUGUGGAACAUUGAUCCAGAACUGCAUGGACCCCGAUCGUUCAGUAUUAAGGUUAAACUGCUAUAAAGACUGUGAGGAUUCUGUAGCUCGCAUACAGAGGGGCGUUUGUGGGUGGGAGGCAUCCGACUAAACGGCAAACUGCUCGUCCUCUACUUAACUGUGUAUGUGUACAUAUCUUGUCUUUUAUAUUAUAAAGGCCGACGUGUGUCGGCAACCACAGCAAGCUUUUUGUACGUUUAUUUAUGUUGGGUUUGUGAACCCAUUAUUGUCUGUAAAUAAGAGAUUUUUUUUUUUUUCUGACUCUUUAAGAGUUUAACAUUUGUAAUAAAGUAUCUAGUUUUUA